AAAGUCACUCUACUAAUGAGCACACGUUUUCUCUUUAGAUUAUUAUUAUAAAAGCAGUUUACUAAAGAGAUCGUUGCAAUAAUAUAGCUCCGGCAUGGCAACAGAAAAUCAACUGACAAAAAUCACUGCCAUUUCCGAUCUUAAAGAUCUGCAGAAGUUGUAUCUGAAGGAUUGGCCGCGCAACUGCGUCGGCUACUUCUGGCUGGACAACUAUUUGAGAUGGCUGAAAAAGAACCCGAAUUUGCAACAUCUUACAUUUUAUACUUUGAAUAACGAUUGGCAAAAUGAUGGUUUAUUUAUCCUGGUGCACCGAUAUCAAUUGUUCUUUAGCAACUUAAGUCGAAAGAAAACAGGACUCUAUUCUGCCUUGAAGUUAUUGGACUGGUCGGCAGGAUUCAAAGUCAGUGCCAUUCACGAGAGCCACCAUACAAUCUUUAAAGAACUGGUGAUGGAACUAAGUCUCAGCAUGGAUCGGGAAAUGAAAACUAUCAUGUAUAGUCUCCCCUUCCAGGAGGCCCAGAAACUUGAGAUAAAUUGUCCGAAAGGAUACUAUUUCGACCAAGUGCGUCUGGAACAUGCUGAUCUUAUAAAUGAGCUCUGGUCAGCUCGUCAUUCGGGCUCCUUAAAGCUAAUUCAAAUGCUUAUUGAAAAUAAUACCAAUGUGGGUCUAUUUGAAAAGGAUUCAGGACAACUAUGCGCUUGGUGUCUGAGACUCCAAAGCGGUUUCUUGGGAGCUUUAGAAGUCAUUGAAUCCCACCAGCGGAAGGGCUUGGGAUUAUCGGUGGCGGCGGCCAUUUCAAAAGCCAUUGCCGUCGAUCUCCAGCAAGACGUUACUGCCCUUGUGAAUCUAAACAAUAUUGCAGCCUGUCACGUAUUCGAGAAACUGAAAUUCCAUCUGAUCCGGCACGAACACUAUUACUGGAGCAUGAUAAGGCCCAAAGGCAAUGGUCAAAUAUCGUGGCCCAACAAUGAAUAAGGGCCUGAUAACAAACAGAGAUGUUGAUAAUCCUAAAACCAAGGGGUACCUAUUACAAAUCUGAUGAAUAAGGGCCAGAUAGCAAACAGAAAUGUUGAUAAUACUAAAGCCACGGGGCACCUGUUACAAGCACCAAUAAAAAUUGUCUCAGAUAUAAACGUUCUAUAUAA